GGCAACCUCCUCCACAUGUGUAUUGCUGGCGCCUCACCGCCCGUCGUCCCCAACCCCACAUGUGUAUUGCUGGCGCCUCACUACCAGGAGGUGGACUACUGCUCGGAGGAGGUGAGGUCGGUGGCCAGCCCGGCCGGCUUCGGCCGCCACGGCGGCGUCCAGCAGCACGUCGUCAGGGAGAAGUUCGAGGAGGUCGAUAGGGUGUCACGCACCGGUAGCCACGGCCGCCACCACCACCACGGCCACGGCGGCUCCGGCCACUUCGUGGUGCGCGAGACCAAGGUCGAGGAGGACAUCAACAACUGCACCGGCGAGUUCCACGAGCGCAAGGAAACCUUCAUCAUCAGCUCCGACUGAUCAGCUGCUUCACGCGGGCUCCAUCGACGACGACGCACGUAUCUGGGUUGGACUGGAGGUAUGCCGGGCCUGCAGACGCUUGUGGAGGAGCUUACAUGUACAGCGUCCAUCGCCAGGUCCAAGUAUCUGACCUGCAAGGAUGGUGUUGUGAUGACUGAUCACCUGGGCAAUAUUUUCUGGAACAGUAUCAUCAAGUGUGCCGGCUGGUCGAGGCCUUCUCCUCCUUCUCAUGCGUGAAUUGGAUUGAAUGGAUGGAUAAUUAUGUAUGUGUGGUUGGAUUGGAUAGGAUUGGAUGGUGAGGACUAUCUAUUAGGAUUGGAUUGGAUGUUAACGUGAUUUCAAUUGGAUGUUAAUUGGAUAUCAUUAGUUGGAUUUUGGAUGAUGAUCCA